CCCCUCUUCUGUUCUCUUCUCUUCUCUCUUUCUUUCUAUCUCUCUCUGUUUUUCGAGUUUUGCUCUGUUCUUCUUCCUCCUGUUUCUUUGUGUCUUCCUGUUUUCAUUUCCAGCUCAACAACACUAACCCAGAGAAGUGAGGAGAAACAGACAACAGGAUCACCAUGAGUUGCUUUUGUUGUAAAAAUAAUUCAACCAAAGAAUCAAAGAGGAACGGGAAGAACAAUCAAAACGCCCAAGUCAUCAACGCUACCAAAUCAAAUCGUCAAGAUACUUCAAAAGUGAAUUCAGAGGGGAUUGUAAAAAAGGAGUUGGGUGUAAAAAAGGACGAUGUGUCUAACGUUGACCAGUUAUCGAUCGAUGUAAAGGAAUUGAACAUAAAGGAGGAGGUUUCUAAGGAUGGAAUAACUAAUGGCAGGCGACCACAGGCAUUUACAUUGGAAGAAAUGGAAGUAGCCACACAGAACUUCAGUCCAGAUUGCUUUAUAGGUGAAGGAGGAUUCGGCAAAGUUUACAAGGGCCACUUAGAGAAAACUGACCAGGUUGUUGCUAUCAAGCAGCUUGAUCGCAACGGUUGCCAAGGGAUUAGAGAAUUUGUUGUUGAAGUUUUGACGCUAGGUUUGGCAGAUCAUGAGAAUCUUGUCAAAUUAAUUGGAUUUUGUGCCGAAGGGGAUCAAAGGCUAUUGGUCUAUGAAUAUAUGCCAUUUGGAUCUUUGGAAAACCAUCUGCAUGAUCUUCAAGCUGGGAGGAAUAUUUUGGAUUGGAAUACAAGAAUGAAGAUUGCAGCUGGUGCUGCAAGAGGUUUAGAGUAUCUGCAUGAGAAAAUGCAGCCUGCUAUCAUAUAUCGCGACCUGAAAUGUUCAAACAUUUUGCUUGGUGAGGAUUAUCAUCCAAAGCUAUCUGAUUUUGGCUUGGCGAAAGUAGGUCCGAGUGGAGAUAAGACUCAUGUUUCAACUAGGGUUAUGGGAACAUAUGGGUAUUGUGCACCAGAUUAUGCAAUGACAGGUCAGCUGACUUUCAAAUCAGAUGUUUAUAGCUUCGGAGUGGUUCUUUUGGAGCUUAUUACUGGCAGGAAGGCUAUUGAUGGCACCAGACCUCUCAGGGAGCAAAACCUUGUAGGAUGGGCAAGACCCUUGUUCAAAGACCGGAAGAAAUUCUCACAGAUGGUGGAUCCGUUGCUCCAGGGUCGGUAUCCUGUCAGGGGAUUAUACCAAGCUCUUGCUAUUGCUGCUAUGUGCGUUCAGGAGCAGCCUAAUAUGCGACCUGUCAUAACUGAUAUAGUAACAGCACUGAACUACCUUGCUUCCCAGAAAUAUGAUCCCCAAAGCCAUCCAGUGCAAACCUCCGGAAGGAAUCCAUCUUCCCCUAAGAUAAGAAAAGAUGAUAAGGUGGGUAGGAAUCUAGGUGAUGGGACAGAGAGAGACUGAACUGGGGGACACAAUUAAUAAUAAAGCAGUCGAUACCAUUUUGUGGUCUUAGAGAUGAUGUGCCUAGUUAUCAAAUUUUGCAUCACCCAAGAAAACAGGUAGUACUGCCAUUCUCAACAUUCACAUACAGCUCUUUUCUCUCUUCUCCCCUGUGGUGUACAUGUGAGCUGAUGUUCUCAAUGUCUUGUAUGUAAGAUCUGCCUUGUAGGAACGUUUGAGAAUAUAUUAGUCAGCCUUAAUUCUAUACAGUUACAUUCUUUCA